AUGUCGACUACUGCUAUGGAUGACGACGUAGAAUUCAUCGAAACAUUCUUCAAUGUUAUGCAACACAUUCACGACGAAGAAAGUUUGAAUGCUGGUCGUACAAGGGCGGUCGUUAAUCGUAAUCGCCAAGCCGCACACGACUUAUUGGUACGUGAUUACUUUGCCGAUAAUUGUCUUUAUAAUGACGAAUCAUUCGAAUGUCGUUGCCGUCUGAAUAAGGCUAUAUUUUUACGUAUUAGUAAUGCUUUAGAAUCUUGUUAUGAUUUUUUCAAACAAAAACCCGACGCUAGAGGAAGAAUGAGUUUUAGUAGUAUACAAAAAUGUGCGGCUGCUCUUAGGUAUUUAGGAUACGGUAUAGCAUUUGAUGCAUCUGACGAAUACUUGAAAGUAUCCGAGAGGACCGCAGUUGAAUGUGUAGAUUGGUUUUUUGCAAGUGUGUACGAGAUUUUUCACGAAGAAUAUUUAUGCAAACCUACUCAACGUGAUAUUGAUGAUGGGUUUUGA